AUGGAGCCGAUUGAUGUGGAUGAUCUUGAGUUGUGCUCAUUGCCGGCUCCAAAGCGCCAAAGAACUGGUCACUGGCAGCUGACAACUUCAAGAAGCGUGAUCGACUUGGACUCUGGGCUGCAGGAAGCUCUUCGUGCCCGUCCUGGUGAGUCGGAUGAGGCGUUUGCAAGUCGGUUGCACCAGAGUUGGCAAGAAGAGGUGGAGCAAGAACAGCGCCGAGUGGCUCACGACUGCGCCCUUGCCAAGCAAUUGCACCAGGCCUGGAUUAAGGGCUCCCAGGAUGUGCAGCCUCAGCAUUCUCUUUGCGCUGGACCUGCAAACCUUGCAGCCCUUGUUGGUCUUCCUACGUGGGCAACACCAAUGGCUCCAGAAGUUCCUGAGCUGUCCAGUCAUUGCGUUGAGCUUGGAGACGUACGGGUUUUUGGUACCAAGCGAGAGCCUUUCCUUCACGUCCGAAACGUAGAUGGCCAAUUCGGGCUGUUGUUAGCCGGGCGUGUUCUCAAUGAGCUUCGCUGCAAAGGCUUAUGCUUGAGCCUGCCGGAGGGUCGAGUCCGGAAUGGUAUCGUUGUCCAGAAGCACUUGCAUCACCGUACAGCAAACCCAUGGCACACAGGGAUCAGAGUUCUCCAUGAUCUUGCUGACAGUAUUCGAUGUGAUUUGGCCCGAUCACAUGCUUGUCAGGUUCCAGACUUGCGUCGUGCCCAUCGGGGCUGGAGUGACACUGAGGUGAUGGUGUCUGGUCCAGGAUUCAAGCUCAAGCGGCACACAGAUCUCCAGCCUGCUGGCUCACUCCUGUUCAUUUUCAGCAUUGGACUGGCCAGCAACAGCCAAGCUUGGCCUGGCGGUGUGUUGAAGGAGGUGCGGCUGGAAAGCGGUGACCUCAUGAUACUAGACGGCAGGCGCACUGCCCACGCGGUUCCAUGUCUGGUCCCGCGCUCUAGCCCGUUCCCGAAAUGCCCAUGGCUUGCCACGCGGCGUCUUGUGGUCCUUGUUCGAGAACGCCCCCCUGGCUAG